AUGGCCUCCAGCCUCUGUGAGAAUUGCUCGCGACUCGUCAAGGAGCUCGCAGCUCACCUGAGGAGAAUCUGCAGAGAGUUUGAACAGAAAAUCCGGGACGUUUUCAGAGAGCUGUGUCAGUGCACCUGCUUCAGGGUUACACCUGAGAGGAGUCUCCUGAGGAGGGAGACUCAAGAGUUUUUACGCCCCCUGCACGAAGAUGAAAGCCAACUGCUCAGCCAAGAAGGUCUACAAACUCUGACCAGACUCGCGGCCUCGGAAAACACUGAUCUACAGAUGACCGCGGCCAUGUAUUAUUUACAUGUCAGUCAUCACUUGAAAUCUCGCUUACCAGAUGACUUCAUGGAGCCAGUCAUGACUUUACUUUUAUCACCUGACCUGGAUGUGCAAAAGACCGUCUCUCUCGCCUUGGUCAAUCUUUUAGUAAAGAAUAAUGUGUGUAAAGAGUUGGUGAUUGAAAUGGGGAUGCUGGUGCCCAUACUGGAGUUGUUCCAGUCUGGUGAUGGAACCGCUCAGUGUCACUCCUGUGCCUGCGUCGCCAUGUUGGCCUCCUCGGAAUCAAACAGAGACGCUAUCAUAGUGGACGGAAUCAUUCCACUCUUGGCUCUAGCAAAAUCCUAUGACCCACGAGUGCAGCGGAACGCAACCUGGGCCCUGCUCCAUCUCACACACUCAGAUUGGUCGACAAGGAUCUUGUGCCAAGCAGGAGGUAUUCCUGUCUUGGUUCUUCUGCUGCAGUCCUCGGAUUCAGAGGUUCAGUUUUGCGGCUGCACCGCCCUGUGCAACAUUGCCGCCAUCCAGGAGCAUCACCCGAAGUUGCUGAGCAUCGGGGGACAUUAUUUAUUGAAGUCUCUUUUGACCCUCACGUCGUCCUCUGUUCAAAAGAAUUCAGCUCAAGCAUGCAGAUGCCUACAAACACUCUCAAAGAACGUUCUGAUCCAGGAGCAGCUGAUGGAGCUCGACUGUGUGCCGCCCCUGAAGGCGCUCCUGAAAACCCCAACCGCUGCGUGGACAGAGCCGGCCAUGACACUCCUGUGUGCGCUGUCUGCACAUCCACCAAACCACGACUGCCUCGUGAGUGAGGGACUGUUGGAUGAGGUCGGUCAGCUGCUCCGUCAUCACAGGUCCAGCUCUGCAGCAAUCACUCACGGCUGCGAGAUCGUCACUAACCUGUCCUGCUCCGGCGGGGGUCAGCAGGCUGUGAUGGAAAGUCUGUGUUUAUCAGGACUCCUCGGGGCCCUUCUGUCUCCUGCCCUGUCAGAUGACACCUUGCUGCAUGUGACAUCGUGUUUGCGUCACCUGAUGACCUGGGAUCUACUUAGGUGUAACCUGUCGGCGACAAUAACAGCGGAACAGGUUUUAGGACUGGUGAAGCUGUCUGGGCAAACACACAAACCUCUGUUGUCAUAUAACUGUGCAGCCAUCACGAGCAAACUAGAAAUGACUGAGGAGAUCUUCGCGUUGCUGAGACCUCACUACAGUACCGUGUCCCAGUACCUGCUGGUGUUCCUCCAAAAGAAAGAUGUAAAAUUCCAGCAGCUGGGCAUAGUUACAAUAUUCAACCUCAAGAAAGAUGGAGACUUCUCAUCCCUGUUGGCCGACAGUGAGCUGGAGGUGCAGCUCGACAAGGUGCAUGCGCAGACGGAAGAGACCAGGCGGCUGCUGCAAAUGGUUCAGCCGCUUCCCCCGUCCCCCGUCAACCCUCCACUUUCUCAAACCAAACACUGAGAGAUGUGCUCAGGUUACGACUGCAUGAGGCGUUUUAAUCCACAUUCAUCAUUUUUAUAUCUACUUACGAAUUUUUAAUGUGUUGGUUUUUUUACUUACAUUUUUUUUCAUGUUCGCUCCGGUCAAUCUGUUGACUUGACAAACAAGACAGAGGCGCAGCAUAGUAUCAACUUUAAUCAAAUAUGGCAUAUUUUGGACUUUUGACUCAACAGGUUAACAAGUGAAAGCAAUAAGCAAUAUUUAUACUACAGGAUCAAAUAUUGAUGAUCAGAUAUAUUUGUUUUUUUAUAUGCUUUUAUUAUAAUAAACUCACUUAACCUUUACAUCUCAAA